AUGGACCCUUGCUGUGAAAAUUUGCAGAUAUCUGACAUCUGGUGCUUGUUUUUUAAUCCUCUGCAUUCUCUGGAGGGAGAUGCUAAACCCCUGUCCUAUCAGGGCACAUCUGUGGCCAGCAAAGAGAAACCAGACUCUGAAGAUGAAACACCCUCUUCCCCAGUUCCUUCCAUCUUGGCCAUCUACUGCUUCUGUAUGUUCCAGAUUCCCUCCUCAGGGUUUUGUCAACCCUUAGUGAAUCCUCCAGAUGGUUUGGAUAUUGUGCGGCUUCAGCAGCUGGCAUAUUAUCUGAAUCAGCAGGCAACUCUUUCUAACCAACCUAAGGACAAUCAAGACAUAUACAAAAGGUUUUUAUUCCACUACUCCAGAACUCAGGAGCCAGCACAUCCAGUUAAAACUGGGUUUCCUCCCGUGCACCCCUUAAUGCGCCUGGCUGCCAAGCUCGCCAACAGGAGGAUGAAAAGAUUCCUGCAGGGGGACUCAGGGGAUACUGUUGUGGACUUUACCAAGAAGGUAUGCAAGCGCUGGAGAGUACAGGGAAGUACAUGGACCUGGGCCACCCUGCAGCAUCUCUAG